AUGGAUCCGGCGACUAAGGAGGGGAGGGGCGAGAGCAUGGGCACACCUGGCGCAUCCAGUCGGCCCAAUGUGGCUGGCGGCAAGACGGUGGAGCAGCUCAUUUGGGAGCUUGCCCAGCGGGAUCGCGAAAUUGCGGCACUCAAGGCAAGGCCAGGAGCCAAAGGACCUGUCAAACCCUGCACCCCUCCGUCUAGGCCUCCUCGUAUUGCGUCUCUGUCGAGCGGCCCAUCUGCAGUGGGCCUCGAUCCAGGCGUGGCGCCAGAAAGCCCAUCGACGGUAGACGUACCGGUCCGUCGAACGCGUGGGAUGCCCAAGCCCAAGCUGCUGAAGGUGGAGCCCCUGUUCAUGGCGCUGCUUGUAUG